UCUCUGGCCGCCAUCACUUUCUUCUUCUGCUUCAUAAGAAGCAGCCUUGCUUGGCCCUCCUCCUCCUCCCGCCCUCGCCCCUCCACAACCAACCCAACCCAUCGCCCGCCCCGCCACCAUGAAGGGCGGCGACGUGAGCAGCAUUAGCCCGCUGGUGUCCUUCGUCCUCGGCGCCGCCAUGGCCACCGUCUGCGUCCUCUUCUUCAUGUCCGCCAGCCCCACGCGCCGCCUCGCAGACAUCUCCGCCUUCAGCUCUGGAAACGCCACCAACGACCUCCGCCUCGCCUCCUCCGACAACGCCGUGGCCGACGGCAACGGAGAGGUCACCGCGCCGGCGCCGGCGCCGGUAGAGGCGCCGUCGCCUUGGGGCGACCUUGAGGAGGUGCUGCGGCGUGCGGCCACCAAGGACCGGACGGUGAUCAUGACGCAGAUCAACGCGGCGUGGACGCGCCCGGGCUCCCUGCUCGACCUCUUCUUCGAGAGCUUCCGCACCGGGGAGGGCGGCGUCGCGCGCCUGCUGGACCACCUCGUCAUCGUCACCAUGGACCCGGCCGCGUACCAGGGGUGCCAGGCCGUGCACCGCCACUGCUACUUCCUCCGCACCUCCAACGGCGUCGACUACCGGUCGGAGAAGAUGUUCAUGAGCAAGGACUACCUCGAGAUGAUGUGGGGCCGGAACAGAUUCCAGCAGACCGUGCUCGAGCUCGGAUACAACUUCCUCUUCACGGACGUUGACGUGAUGUGGUUCCGUGACCCGUUCCGGCACAUCUCGAUGGCGGCGGACAUCGCCAUCUCCAGCGACGUGUACAUGGGCGACCCCUACAGCCUGCGCAACUUCCCCAACGGCGGCUUCCUCUUCGUGCGGUCGUCGGCCAAGACCAUCGACUUCUACCGGGCGUGGCAGCAGGGGCGGUGGCGCUUCUUCGGGAAGCACGAGCAGGACGUGUUCAACCUCAUCAAGCACGACAUGGCCGCCAAGCUCGACCUCGCCAUCCAGUUCCUCGACACCACCUACAUCAGCGGAUUCUGCCAGCUCAGCAAGGACCUCAACAAGAUCUGCACGCUCCACGCAAACUGCUGCGUCGGGCUCGGCGCCAAGCUCCACGACCUCCGGGGAGUCCUCGACGUCUGGAGGAACUACACCGCCGGAACGACCGAGGAGCGACGCGCCGGGAAGUUCCAGUGGAAGCUCCCAGGAAUCUGCAUUCACUGAUCGAGGUGUGAUGAGCCUUUGCUAGCUAGAGCUAGGUCCGAUGAUGAUCCAUUAUUCGUUUUCGAUCGAGAUCGGCCGCGCCGGUGCACUCGAUCGAUCGAUGUGCACGGCGAGGCCAGCAGCUAGCGCGUGCGUUCAGGUGGCUGGCUUCUUGUCCAUUCUCUCUCCGCUGCUUCUUUCUUGGCGUAAAUUAAGUUUGAGGAGAUACAAGGGAGCUGGGUAGGUUUGAUUCUUUUGAUUUGUGAUGAAAGGCUAGGUAGAACCGAGAGAUGGUUAAAUUAUACUGCUGCUCCCUCCGUAUGUAUGUACACAACAAAGGUUAUAUACAAAUAUAAAUUCUAUGUAUCAUCA